AUGGUAGUUCCAUGUCCUCUAGGGUUGUGGACCUGCAACAGAUGUGACGCCGAAUUAUCAGCUAGAAGCUGCGGUGGCAAUGAUCCUCCCACCGAUCGUCAUCUUGGAUUUAGCACGUUGGGAGAGUUCCUACAGAUCAGUCACCUUUUCGUAGCAUCAAUUUCUGAAUUCCUGCCAGGGUUUGCCAGUCGAGUCUUUUUGGUCCAACUGGAGUCCUGGCAGAUUUCUUCGGGCCCAAGGAGAAAGACUUGGCACGAGGUCCAGGGGAGGAAUCACACGGGGAGGUAUUUUGAGAUGGGUUUGGAUCUGCAGUCUCUCCCCUGUUCGGGGUCCACCAAUCUUUAG